AUUUUGGAGGUUUACAGCCUUCUGGUGAAGGGGCCGCCUAUUCUUGUCAUUCUUGAGAGUGAACAGUGCCUGGAAUACUGUGUGUUUAUCAGACACGUCGUGGACUCGGUGUGUGUGUGUGUGUGUGUGUGUGUGGCCAGUUAAUCAACAGAAAACCACAGACCGCCACUCUUGACUUGGAGAGAAUGGACGCGGCUGGAAUAAACUCUCACUGAUCAGCGAUGUCGAGGUUUUAUUGCUGUCUCCGAGGCAGCCCGGGAGACUAUAUCAUGGCCACAGGGUUACCAGAUACAAGACAGACAACUGAGACGGAAGAAUGCAAUGAAGAAUGUUCAGGGAAGAAGAAAUCAAGGUUUAAAACAUUCAAAAACUUUUUUGCCAAGAAAAAAAGGAAAGUUGCCGACACGGCUAAAGGAGAGAGCAGCCUGAAACCGAGCCUGUCGAGCACUGAUGUCAGCACCGCCCAACCGUCUGAAGUUCAGCCCGACACUGAGAUAGGCACCCAAAGUAACAUCGGAAGCAGAGCUUUUUCUCAUGACAGUAUUUUCAUCCCUGAAUUAUCCGUCUCUGAGGCUGUGCCGGUCGGAGGGACUUCCCAGGAACAUACUGCUGGCAGAGUGAAAGCGUUGCAGUUACAGCUGGAACAGGACAUACGCCUGCCUUCCCCAAGUGUGUUGAUCACUUCCCGAAAGACUGAGGAUCCAGGCAUGUUUUCCGAGGAUCACGGAUUGCCCCGAAGCCCCCUAGAAAUAUCGUCUCUUCAUGCAGUUCUGAGGUGUUCGACCCCAAAGUCCGCUGCCCCUGAUGAGCGACAGAACUCUUUAAGUUUCGGCGGAACCGAAAGUGAAGAUGAAGAAAUGAUAUUCUCGAUUGCUUCUUCCAGACCCAUCUCUCCAUUGGUUCCCAUGGCAACCACCUCUGACUCACUUCCUGUUGGCUUCAGCUCUCCGGCUAGUUCACUCACUUGCCUCGACCACUCUGCGGCCAAGCACAAGAUUGCCAUUAAUCCUCGUCGACACAAGUUCUUUGCCAAGCAGACAAAACCAGCUAAUAGAGAAUAUUCUGGAAGUCCAAAGGAUAAAACAUUUAAUUUGCUUGAAAGGAAAGAUGAACGGGAGCAAGUCAGAGCGUCUGGAACUCAGCAGCCAAAUGAAAUUUCAUUGGAACUUGGUGACAGUGACAUCCAACAAAACAAAAUGCCUUGUUCAAAGUUUCUCGAAAUGAAUGAAGAGGAAUGUACAGAAAAAGUUCAGAAGAUUUCCAGAGCUUCUUCUGAUACUCACCUUCCAGUACAUGAAGAUAUAUUUGAUGGGGAAACCACCAAUCUGCAUGGAGAUACCUUGCCUAUCCCUACAGGUCACAUGGUACUUCCUUCAGAAACAGUCUGUAACUCUGAAGACCCGUCCGACUCCAAGGAAAUUCCUAGCGUUGCAGAUUUGGCACCAGGAACAUUGCCAGUGGAUGAAGAGGAUUCCAGGUUGUCUUCAGCAGAGCCCAUUGCUGACGAAGAACAAAAUGAAGCUUUGUCCUCCUGCCCCACACAGGUUGCUGUGGCUGCCACACCAGAGGUCUCUGAGAAAAAAGUUCAGUAUACAGAUUUAGCUGAAACCAAUGAAGAUCCCUCAUUCUUGGAUGAUGAGGGAGAGUUGGUUUCACCCAAUGCCAAUGUGCCUCCAUCACUAAUAAGCAACUUGGCUGCACUGCCUCAGGUGGAUAAAGAAAAGGGAACCAUUUCAAGCACACCAGAAUCUUGUUUGACAUCUAAACAAGCAAAGGAAGUCCCAUUUUCUGAUGAAUCAUUGGAUUCUUCCAAAGAGUGUAACGGCUGUGUGGACAAUGCCCUGACACAUCAGUCGACAGUGGAGGAGGCAGAUGCCAAGGGCAUAUUAAACCACAGGCCAGACCAUGUCCCAAAACCAUGCGAUAAACUAACAGAUGACAUAGGUUUUAUAUCUGAAGUUCCACUUGGAGAUUCAGUAAAGCAACCAGACCUUUCCACUCCCCAAGUUGAAUGCAGUCAGUCAGAGCUUGAACUUUCAAUCUUAGAUGAGCUAUCGCAGGAACAGCAACAGCCAAAUAGCCAAGGUCCAAUCAAGUUCUCAGUUGCGUCUGCUUGGCAGAGGUCAUUGAUGGAUGUCAACAGAAGGAACGUGGACUGUAGUCUUCCGACAGAGCCAAAAUCUGGGUGUUGUGAAAACACAUCCGAAGUAGAUGUCAAAGAAGCAUUUCCAACUCAAGACGUUGAAGAAUCCAUAAGACACCAACAGAUUCAUAACCUGCCGUUGAAGGAGAACCCUGUUGACAAUGAACCAGCUCCUGCAGACAACUGUCUCCAAGAUAUUGUACAACAAGCAAAAAGUGAACAGGAGACCAAGAGAAGUCCAUUUGGUGUCAGGCUGAGGAGGACAUCACCUCCUUACAAAUAUUCGACUGAAGUCAACUUUAAACAUAAAGAGGUCGAGGGAAAAGUUGCUAUGGGAGUGGCAUCCUGCUUAGCAACACAAAGUCCAGAUCUCCGGAAAGGUGACGGUGGGAUGGGUGAGCAAUCAGAAGCUUCUCUGACAACCAGGAAUGAAAAGGACAUGAGUAAAAAUGCUGCUGGAUUGCUGCUCGAGGGGCAGAUGGAUGGUUGUCCUACAUCCAGGAAACCCGAAUCACUGGACACUCCAACAGAACGUGUUACGAGAGAAAAGUAUCACAUUCCCCGAGUAAAGAAUGAAAGAAAGAAUAGUGAAACCUCUGCAGACAGUGCAAAUACAUCAGAGAGGAACGUUCAAUCUGCCAAGCCUGAACCGGCAAAUUGUCCCAGAGUCAAACACGCAGAGCCAGUCUGGAUCUCCUUGGCAAGACAGAAACAGAAGGGCUUUCAGGAUCAGUACUCAACAACUGAAGAGAAAACCCAUCUCUUGGAGGAUAAAUCCCCCAUCCCAAAACAGGAAACAACGAAGCAUCUGAUGAAACAAGCUAGGGAUAAGGAGCCUCCCACUAGCUUCCAGAACAUGGAAAUGAAAAUAAAUAAGACGGAGGACCAAUUGCCAAGGAUAACAGCUCCCCCUAUGCUUGGUCCCCACCUACAGCCAAAGCCACAGGCCUGUGGAAUGGGAAUAAGAGACAAGCGGCCAAUAUCCAACACAAAGCUCGCUCCGUUGUCUACAGUGGAGCCUCCUUGGCUGGCCAUCGCCAAGAAGAAGGCCAAGGCAUGGAGCGACAUGCCACAGACUGUCCAGUAAAACCUUCUGAUCCAAAAUAAGCCUUCAAGACAAAUAUUGCUCUUCAACCCAUUUCUGAGACCCAUUUAUGAUCAUCUCUGUUAUUUAAGCUGAGACUGUUGUAGAAACAAAUAAACUCUAACCAUGAA